AUGUAUCUAUCUAUCUCCUUAGAUAUUCUCUCUCUCUCUGCCUAUCUAUCUAAUGUCCUUACAUAUAUCUAUCUAAUGUCCUUACAUCUAUCUAUCUAUCUAUCUAUCUAUCUAGUGUCCUUACAUCUAUCUAUCUAUCUAGUGUCCUUACAUCUAUCUAUCUAUCUAGUGUCCUUACAUCUAUCUAUCUAUCUAGUGUCCUUACAUCUAUCUAUCUAUCUAGUGUCCUUACAUCUAUCUAUCUAUCUAUCAUCUAUCUAUCUAUCUAGUGUCCUUACAUCUAUCUAUCUAUCUAGUGUCCUUACAUCUAUCUAUCUAUGUCCUUACAUCUAUCUAUCUAGUGUCCUUACAUCUAUCUAUCUAUCUAGUGUCCUUACAUCUAUCUACCUAUCUAGUGUCCUUACAUCUAUCUACCUAUCUAGUGUCCUUACAUCUAUCUACCUAUCUAGUGUCCUUACAUCUAUCUACCUAUCUAGUGUCCUUACAUCUAUCUACCUAUCUAGUGUCCUUACAUCUAUCUACCUAUCUAGUGUCCUUACAUCUAUCUAUCUAGUGUCCCACAUCUAUCUACCUAUCUUGUCCUUACAUCUAUCUACCUAUCUAGUGUCAUCUAUCUCUAUCUACCUAUCUAGUGUCCUUACAUCUAUCUACCUAUCUAGUGUCCUUACAUCUAUCUACCUAUCUAGUGUCCUUACAUCUAUCUACCUAUCUAGUGUCCUUACAUCUAUCUACCUAUCUAGUGUCCUUACAUCUAUCUACCUAUCUAGUGUCCUUACAUCUAUCUACCUAUCUAGUGUCCUUACAUCUAUCUACCUAUCUAGUGUCCUUACAUCUAUCUACCUAUCUAGUGUCCUUACAUCUAUCUACCUAUCUAGUGUCCUUACAUCUAUCUACCUAUCUAGUGUCCUUACAUCUAUCUACCUAUCUAGUGUCCUUACAUCUAUCUACCUAUCUAGUGUCCUUACAUCUAUCUACCUAUCUAGUGUCCUUACAUCUAUCUACCUAUCUAGUGUCCUUACAUCUAUCUACCUAUCUAGUGUCCUUACAUCUAUCUACCUAUCUAGUUGUCCUAUCUACCUAUCUAUCUUAUCUAUCUACCUAUCUAGUGUCCUUACAUCUAUCUACCUAUCUAGUGUCCUUAUCAUCUAUCUAGUGUCUAUCUACCCAUCUAGUGUCCUUACAUCUAUCUACCUAUCUAGUGUCAUUCUAUCUAUCUAUCUAGUGUCCUUACAUCUAUCUACCUAUCUAGUGUCCUUAUCUAUCUACCUAUCUAGUGUCCUUACAUCUAUCUACCUAUCUAGUGUCCUUACAUCUAUCUACCUAUCUAGUGUCCUUACAUCUAUCUACCUAUCUAGUGUCCUACAUCUAUCUACCUAUCUAGUGUCCUUACAUCUAUCUACCUAUCUAGUGUCCUUACAUCUAUCUACCUAUCUAGUGUCCUUACAUCUAUCUACCUAUCUAUGUCCCUAUCAUCUAGUGUCCCCACAUCUAUCUACCUAUCUAGUGUCCUUACAUCUAUCUACCUAUCUAUUACAUCUAUCUACCUAUCUAGUGUGUACAUCUAUCUACCUAUCUAGUGUCCUUACAUCUAUCUACCUAUCUAGUGUCCUUACAUCUAUCUACCUAUCUAGUGUCCUUACAUCUAUCUACCUAUCUAGUGUCCUUACAUCAUAUCUAGUGUCCUUACAUCUAUCUACCUAUCUAGUGUCCUUACAUCUAUCUACCUAUCUAGUGUCCUUACAUCUAUCUACCUGUAUGUCCUUACAUCUAUCUACCUAUCUAGUUGUCCUUACAUCUAUCUACCUAUCUAGUGUCCUUACAUCUAUCUACCUAUCUAGUGUCCUUACAUCUAUCUACCUAUCUAACUAUGUAUGCAUGUAUCUAUCUAUCUCCUUAGAUAUUCUCUCUCUCUCUGCCUAUCUAUCUAAUGUCCUUACAUCUAUCUAUCUAUCUAUCUAUCUAUCUAGUGUCCUUACAUCUAUCUAUCUAUGUCCUUACAUCUAUCUAUCUAGUGUAUACAUCUAUCUAUCUAGUGUCCUUACAUCUAUCUAUCUAGUGUAUACAUCUAUCUAUCUAGAUACAUCUAUCUAUCUAGUGUCCUUACAUCUAUCUAUCUAUCCUUACAUCUAUCUAUCUAGUGUCCUUACAUCUAUCUAUCUAGUGUCCUUACAUCUAUCUAUCUAG